AGAAAGAGGUGCGGCAGUUACAGAGCGCCGAGUAGAAACUGAAGUUUUGGUGGAUGUGUAGAGCUUCGGGAUAUUUUAUUAAAAGACGUUUUGAUUGAUGCUUUUUGUUCGUCAGCAGAGGACAAAAUCAUGUAUAUGCAUUUUGAACAAUGUCCUAGACAUCUGCUGGUCUGUGAAAAAUCUAACUUUGCGAAUGAGAAGUCGCGGCAUGGUAUUCACGUGCAGAGCCACUACUUCAAUUACCAGGUGAAUAUGUUAAUUCCUGAGUGUGCUGUUCUACCUUCUGAACUGAAUGCACUUGUCAACUCCUUUGAAAAAUAUUAUCUUGUGAAGAAUGUACCAGUAUAUGAACUAGUGGAGCAGCAGUUCAUUGACAGAUUUGUUAAAAAAGGCUCUGUGUAUGCACUUUCUUAUAACACACAAAUAGAUCAAGACAACACAGUGGCUUUAUUGCCUACAGGAACACUUAUUUUGUCAGUGGAUAAGGAUACAUAUGAAGAACUUGGACUGGAGGGGAAGUCUUCUCAAUACUCUCACAAGGCUGUGAUGCGUUAUGGUUCUCCAAUAAUUCACAUCUGUACAUGCAGACUCCUAAAACAUCACAGAAGCAUUUAAAAAAGAAGUUAAAAUCAUGUGUUUAAAC